AUUUCACGCUAGACCAGGGGGUGUAUUUCCUGUUCAAGAUUCUCGACCAGGAUGAUGCCCGGUCAGUUAAAGACGCCGCGGCGGCGCAAUCCAGGCAGCCACUACUUAUUGAUUCUCAUUCUUUGAAUCUUUGUUUUCUUUCCCAUCGCCAAGUAGACAAGAAACGGGAGCCUUUCUUCAGGAUAGCUCGGCGACAAUCGAUCGUUUCCUGUGUAAUUUUGUUCACUUUUGCAAUUCUUAAUAUCCAAUUUUAACCAGUACACUCGCUAAAUACUUGUUCACCACCGUCGCUCUUUUUAGCCUCACUCACCAUCUCCAUAUCACGCCCCGCGCUUUUUUCUUGGCUUUCCAUCAGGACUGUUUCGCAUUUCAGGGCCAAGCCGGAGCAAAAGUCAAGAACGAAACCCCCCAGCAGCUUGACAACUUUGGAAGAGUAGAAGAUCUUUGGCGGUCCCCAAGACUUUUACUCCAUACCAAGGACACCAAGCAUUCCAACUACAGAAUACCACGAGCAAACAGCCUCGAUCUAAUAUUACUGACUUCAAGAUGGGCUUCACCAAGAGCUCUAUAAUCUCGGCCGCCCUGUUGGCGAGCCAGGCCACGGCCAGCCUGCAGCCCAUUGUUAUGAAGAGGCACAUGCUGAUUCGGUUUGAUGAUGUCGCGCCUCAGGGCUCCAAGUUCUUCUACGAGAACGGUACCCAAUUCUACAUGAAGGGUAUUGCAUACCAGCAAGCUGUCGGCGCCGCUGGAGCCGCUUCCACCACAAGCACUUUCAUCGAUCCGUUGGCCGACGAGAAGUCCUGCAAGCGUGAUGUGCCCAACAUGCAAAAGGCUGGUACCAACACGAUCCGUGUUUACCAAAUUGACCCUACAGCCGACCACAGCGCCUGCAUGAAGCUUCUCGAUGAUGCUGGCAUCUAUCUCAUCGCCGAUCUUGGAGAGCCUGCCACCUCGAUCGACCGUGAAAGCCCAGAGUGGAACACCAAGCUCUACGACCGCUACAAGUCCGUCGUAGACGAGCUUGCCAAGUACACCAACACCAUCGGUUUCUUCUCGGGCAACGAGGUCACAAACCAGAAGAACAACACAAUGGCCUCUGCCUAUGUCAAGGCCGCCACCCGUGACACCAAGAAGUACAUCAAGCAAAAGGGUUACAGGUGGAUGGGUGUCGGUUACGCCACCAACGAUGACGAGGCUAUCCGCGAUCCGCUCGCCGCCUACUUCAACUGUGGCGACCAGGAUGCUGCCAUCGACUACUGGGGAUACAACAUCUACUCUUGGUGUGGUGACAGCGACUUCACAAAGUCGCAGUACGACCAGCACAUCAAGAACUUUGCCAACUACUCGGUCCCCGUUUUCCUGGCUGAGUACGGCUGCAUUGACGGCAUCGGCGGUGCUGAAGGCCGCAAGUGGAGCGAGACCACGGCUCUCUACUCGGACAGGAUGACAGGAACCUUCUCUGGUGGUGUUGUGUACAUGUACUUCGAGGAGGACAACGACUACGGUUUGUUCAAGGCUAGCUCCAACGGCGGUGGCAGCACCAUGAAGAACUUUGAUGCCCUGGUCAAGGUUAUGAAGGACGUCAACCCCAAGACCAUCGAGAUGAGCUCGUACUCGUCGAACAACAAGCCCCGCGACUGCCCCGGCAUCCAGGACAACUGGCUCGCUGCCUCGAACCUGCCUCCCACUCCCGACAAGUCCCUCUGCGAGUGCAUGACCAAGUCUGCCACGUGUGCGCCCUCCAGCAGCUUGGCUGAGAAGGACUACGGCAAGAUCUUCAACUUCAUCUGCGGCGCUGGCGACUCGUGCAAGGGCAUCAACGGCAACGCCACCACCGGCCAGUACGGCGCUUACCACGGUUGUGACAGCAAGUCCAAGCUCACCUACGCCCUGGACCAGUACUACAAGUCGCAGCGCAACGCUGCAACUGCGUGCGACUUCGACGGCAAGGCCAGCGUCGUCACCCCGCAGCAGACGGCCGCAACCUGCUCUUCCCUCAUCGCCUCUGCCACCGCCGCCGCCGACAAGGCCAACACCAACGCCGGCUCCGAUACAUCCAAGAACGCUGCUUCGUCCUUCAGGGCUCCGGGCGGUCUUGCCGAGAUGGCUCUCGGCAUGUACGUCGCCGCUGCUGUCGGUGUUGGUGCUACCAUGUUCAUGCUGUAAAAGUUGCUAUUGGGAUUUUGUUGGUUGGGCAUAAUUUCUUUGUUUCAAUCUCCUUUGUUUUUUUUGUUUUUUUUGGAUUCUUGCACUUGAUACGCUUAUCGUGCAUUGGCAUUGGUUGUAAUGGAAACUUUCUGGAGAGCAUAAUGUCAAUAUGACAUUCUGACAGUCAAAACAAGCGUUGGAUUGUGUUCGAGAUUGACACUCAUAGAUGAAAUCACGCUUUCCCAUUUCAAUA